AUGGAAUUCGGACUUGAGAAAUGUGCCAAAGCCAGUUUCAUGAAAGGUAAACUGGCCUCAACUGGAAACAUAAUAAUAGAUGAUGACACAGAAAUACAAGAGUUGGACCAGGAAGGAGUAUACAAAUACCUGGGUGUAGAUGGAAGUGAUGGUAUCCAGCAUAGCAAAAUGAAAGAGAAGAUAAGAAAAGAAUAUAAUAGGAGAGUAAGAUUAAUCCUAAGAACUGAGCUCAAUGGAAGAAACAAAAUAGAAGCUAUCAAUAGUCUUGCAGUCCCAGUUGUGCAAUAUAGCUUUGGCAUCAUUGACUGGAAAAUGUCACAACUGAAGAAGAUUGACACAAAAACACGCAAACUAUUGAACAUGCACAAGAUGUUACAUCCUAAGGCAGAUGUGGAAAGGCUGUACAUCCCAAGAAAAGAUGGAGGUAGGGGCCUGAUUGAUGAAGAAACAGCAUUCAAAACUGCAACAAUAGGGCUUGAUCACUAUCUGAAGCACAAGGAAGGGUAAUAUCCAAAGCAGGUGCUUGAACAUGAAAGAUCUAAAGCCAAAAAUUCAAUAUCCAAGAAUGCUACUAAAUUCAAAAGGGAGGUAACAAUGCCAGAGAUUGAGAACAGAGAAGAUAAAUGUGCCUCUGAAAAUGCUAAAGCCCUGAAACACGUGUUUAAGUCCAGGAUGAAGUCAAUGAAAGAAGAAAAGUGGAAAAACAAAGCAUUGCAUGGCCAGUAUCCAAAGAUCCUAGAGAAGCCUCAUGUAGACACAGUCACCACCAACAAAUGGUUGUCAAGUAAUUUGAAAGGAGAAACAGAGGGACUACUUGUUGCAGCUCAAGACCAGGCAAUAAACACCAGAAACUACCAGAAAGUAGUAUGUGGCCAGCAAGUAGAGAGCAAAUGCAGAUUGUGUUCGCAACAUGAAGAGACAGUGGACCAUAUUGUAUCUGGAUGUGAGGUAUUAGCCAAAACAGAGUACAUCUCCAGGCACAAUAAUGCUGCAGCAUAUCUCCAUUGGAGCAUAUGUAUAGAUCAUGAUAUAGAGAUUACAGACAAAUGGUACGAACACGAACCACAGACCGUGAUACACAAUAAAGAUAACAACAUCACCAUCAUGUGGGACAUGCCAGUCAAUACUGACAGAACUAUAACAGCGAACAGACCAGAUAUCAUCGUUAAAGAUUCAGUGAAUUCCACCUGCAAAGUUAUUGAUAUGACUGUUCCAUCAGAUAGAAACAUCGCACUGAAGGAAACUGAAAAAAAACGCAAGUACAAAGACCUAGAACUAGUGAUCCCUGUGUUUGUUGGUGCGCUUGGUACAGUGAAGAAGGGUAUGGUAGAAAACAUCAAGAAAGUAUCAGAAAGAGCUAAUAUGACAGAGAUUCAAAAGAUCUGCAUGCUGGGAUCUGCACGAAUCCUCAGAAAGGUGCUCAGUAUAUGAACAGAAUGAUUGACUUGAGUGACUGACGCUCUAGGUGCAUGGUUUGCGCCCGGCUGAUGCACAAAAAGAACACCAGCAAAGACUGUGA